AAUUAAUCUAAUUUAAGAAAAGAAAAAUAAUAAUCUAAGCUGCAUUGUACUUGAAAAUAGAUUACUGAGUUGCAGUAUGGGAGCAUUUGCUACACAUCCAAAACAUAAAUUGAAUUAAUGCAUUCCCAAUUCAAAGACGUGGAACACAGCUUAAGUGUGACAGUGUUUAAUAAUACCUACUAGUUCUACCCUGAACUGUACCCAGACCAAUAGAUACACUUGAUGGCUGAUCCAAUUACACAUGCACACACUAAGACACACACACAUAACUAUGUAAAUAAUCAUCUGACCCAGACUAAAUUUAACAAAGGUAAGAAUAGUUUUACAGCAGAUGGACAUCACUGCAAUGUCUUAGGGAAAUUUGAAGUAACUGAUCAAGUUAAAGACAGAAAACACAAUGGAAGAUCCAGUAAGCUGUCUGCAUCUAAUCAGCACUUAGGACUAAAGUCAGAGUCAUCACUAUUUAUUAAUUUACCUUUAUUUAUACAGAGAAAUCCACUCAGACAAAGGUGUCUUUUACAGCUGAGGCCUGUAUUACAACAACAAAAAUGGAAAGAAAUCAUACAUUCUGAAAAGCAAUCAAUUUGUCUGAGUGGACAGUUUAACCCAGUUUUGACUAGGCCACCAAUCCCCAGCACAAUCCAGUCUUGAAGUUAGGACGUUUUUGCAUGACUGCCUUAAAUAAAAACAUUAAACAAUGUCAGUGACUCCCAGCCAACUGAACCAUAUAACAGACGAUGUGUGCAAAAAUGUACACUCGUGAUAAAAUGCAUGGCCAAAUUAUUUGACUGUAUUCAGUGUUUAUUUUUUUUCGAGCAUUUUUUUCGAGCAUCAAUGACAGAAAAGGCUGGAUGCAUUAAAUGCUUCCAAGAGUCUCUGAAAGACUUAAUAAAAAAGCAUUCUCUAAAAUAGUUAAUAAAUCGCCUUGCAGACUAAGAAUAAAAGUAAAUAGCUACUUAGUCAGUGUAUGUUUUCCAUGUACAGUAUAUUACAGUGUGUUGCAGAGGGGCAUACAAAUAUAGUUUUGCUGGAUAUAGCACAGAGUCCUGUGCUUUCACAUGAUAUUUUGACUUCACACAUUCUCCUGAGUAUUUUGUACAAUACAUUCAGUGUGCCACAGAAUACUUUUCCCACUAUAUGCUAAAAGUAUCCCUUCAAUAUAAUACAGUGGGGGAUGGAGGGGUGGAGAAAAUAGGCACAAUCUGAAAUCGCAUACUGCGUACUGCAAGUAUGUACUUUGUGGGUGAUUAUGAAGUAUGUACUAUUUAGUAUAUAGUAAGCUAGUAUGCCAGUAUUGGGACUGAUUGGGACAUAGUACCUCGUCAUAAAAUUGUCUCAACAUUAGAUCAUUUUGCCACGCAUUAACAUGCCAAGUUUGAGUAUUUAGCUAGACACAGUUAAGCAUUGUGGUAAACUGACUAACGUUUCUAAUGAUGUUUACUUCCACCACAAAAAGCAUCUAUAAACUGUACGCCUUUUGCCUAUGGCUUUCUUAAUACCUUACAAGCUAGUAUACUUGUAUAUCACUACUUGGAGUAGUCAUAGUAAUUGAACAAUUGCUAGCGAGACUGAUGACGAACUUCACACUGCCAAAGCUAUUUCAUUUCAUGUCACAACAACGUUAGUUUCAUGACGCAACAACAAUAACUACCAAUACAGGUGACGAUAACUGAUGUUUUCUGACUGACUUUUUCCUCUUACUGCGAAAGGUGUUCUGGUCUAUAUUACCUCAAAAAGCAUGCAUGGAUGCAUACCUCGAAAAUCCACCAGAAAUGGUAGACCAUCCAGGAACUUUUGGCCUACUAUUUUCAGCGUACUACGGUUGGGGACAUACUAAUUUUUUCGCGUACUAAUCUGGCAAGUUAUUUCAGAUUGAGCCAUAUUGUUGUUGGAUUUCUAACACAAUCCCUGUCCAAAGCCAAUAAGCACCUGCUAAUUUACAACAAUAAUACAUUUAAAAUAAGCUUUUUGCCGAACCUCAGAACCAUACAUGUGGCCUUGUUGGCUUGGUGAUUAGCUGGAUUCACUUUAGGCCAACACACAGAAAUCCUUAAUACUGCUUCCUGCGAUUCCAAGUCUAGGUACAAAUCACCAGUGAUCACUUAACUUGAUAUGAGAUCAUGUGGCCAAUUGGUCCAUUACGUGAUUUAGCAUACCUUUCAGGAUGGUGGGUGAUAUACUCAUAUACUCAAGGGUAAUAUUACAAUUUCUUCCUAAUUUAACACUUAAGGCUAGCAAUUCUAAUUCCUUUAUGAAUACAGAUAGACUUAAGAAGUGAGACAGAAAGGUGAAUUUUGUAAAACUGCCCACGCCUCCACCUUUUCAUAACCUAUCCGCUAUAAAAGCAAUAUACCCAUCAACUGCAUUAUCUUCAUUAUUUGUAUUCUUAGAUCACCAAGUAUUAGAUAAAAUAAAUAUGUCUGGAUAAGAUAGACCCCAAAACCUCAAUAAAAGAAGAAUUAUGGCAAAUCCUGCAAAAAGCAUGGACUAUUGACUAUUGAAAAAAAUAAAAUCAAUACACUACAUAUGCAACAUUUUGUUAACACUUUGUUAACAUUGCUACCAAAAGACAAUAAAAAUGUGAGGAAAAGUCAUGCUGCAGUUGAUCGAAUUCUCUAUUGGGUUAACGAUGCAUUCUGAUAUCUUAAGCACAGCCAAUUGCAAUAUUUCUUUAAAUAAAUUAUUAGUUAUUAAUAUAUCAUGAGCACAACUUGUUGCUGAAAUUAUUCAAAACUUGGGAGGACACCUUUGAAAUAGACUGUAGCUUUAUAGCAAAGGCUCUUUCUUUGCCGGCUCAUUCGCUGCACAACAGUGUCUGGCAGAACAAAUGGACAGAUUUAUCAGUUUGUUAAAAACCGACAUGAGUUUGAAAUAAUUCCCUGUUGUCUAGUCAGUUUAAACAUAGCAUUAGUCUAUAGUAUGUGUAUAAAAAUCACAGAUUAAACAAUUAAUUAUGAAUGAGAAGGCAUAUGCUGCUUUAAAGGGAUAUUUUUCUGACUUUGCAACGUGAAGAGAUUCCUUUCAUAGCAAUUAAUUUUUUUUUUCUUUCUACAUCAAAAUAGUUCAUGCAUAUCAUGAAAUAGGCAUCAAAUCAGUUUACUUUAAUUUGUGUCACUAGAAGAUUAAACACAAUAUUUGUCAAGAUAAAAGUCGUUGGCCUCCUUCAGCAAUAAUUAGAUUUUAAUUUAAAUGUUCUUGGACAGCAGGUAGAAAAUGAUAAGUUCCUUUUCCUUGGUUUCCAAGACUAUUUAAGAGGUUUAAAGUUGAGGAAAGCAUUCACAGAACAGAUGGUAAAAUGUAGCCUAACUGUGUCAGUCAAUGAUUUUGCCUCUGCAGGUCUCAAGAUCUUAAUGGAUACAAAGAUAUGUUACCUGGAGGGUGUUCCCUCAGCACUGCAUUUUGUGUUAAUUUAGUAAAGCCCUAUUGUACUAUAGUCACAAAAAAUGCAGCUGUAAAGUGGACUGAAAAUAGGCCUCAAAGUAAUCCAUUAUUUCUCCAACGGUAUGUGUAAUUGAUACAUUUUUUAUAAAAAAAAUGGUUUGGAAGCAGGUAUGUCUUUUUACCAAAGUCAGUUCCAGACAUUCAUCUCAAUAAAGGGGAUUGUUUGUAAACAUUACUAUUCUUUUUUUUUAUAUUUUAGUAAUCUUGAAAUUAAGUGUGUUUGUUUUAUAGAAAUGCAACCAAAAAAAAUCCUCAGUGUAUCACAAAUAUUUCCACAGAUUUAAUUGUUUUACCACCAUGGUAUUAAGCCAUUUAGCCACAUACGCAACUAGAGCACCCUCAUUACAUCAUGAAGUAUUCUUUUUAAACUAUUUUUUAUAGUUAUGUUAUUUCCAGUCUCACCUCAAACAUUUGUCUGGAAUUACUUGUCUACCCUCCGAAACAAUUCACUGUCUAGUGCGACCAUGUCCUACAUAGCUAGAGAUUGCAGUACUACACACUAGGGGCGGAGUUUUACCUCUCAACUCUCAAAACAUCACUAAUCUGCGGAUGACAUUCAGGUGGCAAAGACCGUUAUUGGAUCUAUUUCCCGAACAGAAUUCCGGUUAUUGAACCGAAAUCAUCCAAACAGCAUUUCAGUCUACAAUAAGACAGGGAACAAGAGGUAUUCAGCACGACGGUGAAAAUGCGCGUUGUCACAUAUGUUCUCUAGCGUAUGUAUUUUUUUUUAGCUAUGCAGGCCGUACUGUACUGGACCACAACGAUUCCCUCCACCCGCACAGCCCAACGGUAUCCACGAGCGCGUCUUGGUAGUCUAUUGCAGUCAUUUUUGCGUAUAGGUUUGUUAGGGGUAUUAACUUAUGGGAAUCCGACUAAUGUACACAACUAAUGCUGCUUUGGCAGGUCAAUUCCAGCGGACAAACGUUAUCGACGAUAUACGACUCCUAUUGUCAUUGAAUAUCCAAUAGUGCUAUUUGAAAGCUUUCCUAUGGAUAAACCUGAGAAGAACUUCAAUGGAUCUCUUAGGAAGAUUCAGGCAAGGAUGUAAUGGAUUGGUCCCAAGGCCAAACAACAGCACCAACUCCCUCUUCCCAGUAUGUCCAGCUGUGGAAAACCUCCCCAACUCUCUGGAGAAGGGGCAGUAUCUAAUUUGGCAUGGGCCAAGCUCUUCAAAAAGCCUGGAGGUGGUGGAGGUGGGGGUCUGGCUAAGUCCUAUCAGCCUGGCAGCAUGCUCUCUCUGGCUCUCACCAAAGGCCUACUGAAUGAACCAGGCCAGAAUAGCUGCUUCCUCAACAGUGCUGUACAGGUGCUAUGGCAGUUGGACAUUUUCAGGAGGAGUUUGAGACAGCUUCCUGGUCACUUCUGUCUAGGGGAUGCCUGCAUUUUCUGUGCUUUAAAGAGUAUUUUCAGCCAGUUCCAACAGAGCCGAGAGCGAGCGUUGCCUUCUGACAGCCUACGCCAUGCCCUCGCCGAAACUUUUAAGGAUGAGCAGCGUUUCCAACUGGGCCAUAUGGAUGAUGCUGCGGAGUGCUUUGAAAACAUUUUGGAGAGGAUUCAUCUGCACAUUGUUUCCGACACAACGGAUGCCUGCACAUCGAAGUCCUGCAUAACCCACCAGAAGUUUGCCAUGACACUUUAUGAGCAGUUUGUUUGUCGUAGCUGUGGCGCCUCCUCUGACCCCCUCCCUUUCACAGAAUUAGUGCAUUAUGUGUCUACCACCGCCCUAUGCCAACAGGUGGACCGCAUAUUGGGGAAAAAUGACAGGCUCCGGUCCGACAUGUUUGGGGAAUUGCUGCAGGCAGCAAACACUACCGGCGAUCUACGGAACUGUCCGAGCAAUUGUGGCCAGAGCAUCAAGAUCCGUCGCGUUCUCAUGAACUGCCCAGAGAUUGUCACCAUUGGAUUUGUGUGGGACGCAGAGCAGUCUGACCUCACAGAAGAUGUGGUGAGGUCACUGGGUCCACAGCUCAACCUCUCGGGGUUGUUCAAUCGAGUAACCGAUGGGAACGCCAAACGGAGCGAGUUAAAGCUUGUGGGAAUGAUCUGUUUCUCCAGCAAACACUACUCUGCGUUUGCUUAUCACACCAAGUCCUCGAAAUGGAUCUUUUUUGAUGACGCCACAGUGAAAGAGAUUGGAUCCAAAUGGAAAGAUGUUGCUUCUAAAUGCAUCCGGGGACAUUUCCAGCCACUGCUUCUGUUUUACACUAACAUGGAGGGGACCCCAGUCACCAGCGAAGAUGCGCCCAGACAAACAACCUUGUGUUCCCGGUUCAAGGCCCAGAUCAACGGAGAAGUGCCAGCAGGGAUAAAGAAACUGGAUGCUGUCCGAGAAAAUGCAGGUCCAUUCCGCUCCAACCAGGGGCUAUAUAAGCAAACGCUACCUCUGUCCUCCACCUCAGGCUACAUCAGAGCAAAAGGUCCAUCUGGAAGUCCCAACAAAUUCCGUGAUCCUUCUAAGGAGACUUCCCAGAGGGUUGUUGAAGGACUAAAGAAGGAGGCUGAAAGGGGGCAUCGAAAACCAGACCCACACAAAGAUAUGGCCUAUGCAAGAUCUCCUCCAGAGGGUGGGCUAAAACAGCACAGCGACCAGAGGUUUAGAGGUGGCAGCAGUGCCCGAGCUGACAAGUUUUCAUCCUAUCACCAGAGCAAAGUUUCCCAGGACACACGCUCUCAGUCCGGUGCCCCUGACGGACACAGUUGGAGAAACGAAAUCUCCCCUGGUCGGCAUGAACAGGACAGCAGCCAGGAAGCGUGGGGUAACGGAUCGGGCCGCAACAAAGCCAAGCCGUCAUGGAGGCCAAUCCGUGAAGUUCUGAAUGUGGACAGCGUCUUAAAUGACCUUGAACGCCGGCAACAACAACAGCAGCAGCAUGGACGUGGCUGUAGCCCAUGGCGCGUUAAACCUUCCUGUCAGGGAAGGCUGCAUGGUGGUGAACGGGAUAACCGGGAGCGCGAAAAAGAGCAGGAAAGGGAUAAAGAGUGGGAACGAGAGCGUCUCAGAAUGAGGGAAGAGCGCAAACAGCAGAAAUGCUUGAUGACAAUUUAUGAGGAUGAGCAGCGUCAUGAGACUGAGAGCCAUAGCUCUCUUGAAUCAGAAGGCAGGGCCAGUGGGCAUGGCGACAAGGGAGGUGGAGGGGUUGGGAACACCGGCAGCAGUGUGGGGAGGGCCAAGGCUGGGCCAAAAGCCUUGUUGCGUAGUGAAACCUGGACCAUCCAGAGAACCGAGUCAGGCUACGAGAGCAGCGACCGGCUGAGCAGUGGCUCUACCAACCCUGACUCGCCGGGGGUGGACAGCAUUGCCGGCAAGGAGCAACGUUUGACUUCAGAAGUCUCAUCUCAGAGCAGGGGUCAACUUCACCCAAACAGAUGUGAUUUAAAACCUGAUGUGGAAAGCUCCCCUUUGCAUCAAGGCAAACAUCAAAUAAAAACUCAGGAAAAGAACUACGACCAUCAGGUUUCACAUCUCCUGAAAAAUAGUCCAAGUUCAAGACGAAAGUUUCGAUACAGCCCUGGAAGUUCCAAGAAGGGCGCUUGUCCAGAGAAAGAUUGGGCAUCCGCAGACAACAAGAGCAGUCACAUGAUGGAAUCAACAGAGAUGACCAAUAACAACAGAGGUGGCCAUCAUGGCAAUGGCUCUGCUCUUCGGCGCCUUGGCAAAACAAGCAGCUCGGAGUGGAACAGCUCAGACGACUUAGCCGGAAAUCUCUCAGAACCAGAAGACAGCGCUUACCGCUCCAGCAACAGUGAGCUUCUGCUGUCCGAGUCACCCUUUCCCCCUCACCACUUAGCCUUUCACCAACCUCCCUAUGUUGAGCUGGGAGAUCCUUCCUCUCAACAUCAAUCCACAACACCUCCACUGCCUCAGCCCAAAGCCAUCCAGCAGGCCUCCCAUCACCAAGGAGACAUUGGCCGUCACUGCUUCCGUCCCAGAAUCCUCCAAGAGCCAUCCCAAACCAGCCCUCGCCCCACCAUCCGAGCCACUCUUGUCUCACAAACACCCAGCCCAAACAGGUCUGAACCCAAUGGCCCUCUCCAGAGGCCCUCAUCCGGGGCCAGCUCAAAGUCGGGCUCGGACAUGGAGAGAAGUAACCCUUCGUCAGGAGAAAGCGAAGAAAAGCCCAUCAGCAAGCCUCCUGGAGCGGAGUCGGCUGCAGCCCAAGGGGUUUCCCUCACAACGUAUUUCUGUGUUGACAAUUGCAUGACAGACACAUACAGACUUAAGUACCACCACCAGCGACCCCUCUUACUUUCCGCUACUGUUCCCCGAGCACCAAGGGAGCAACGAGACCACCGCAGCCACCACCUGCACUCCACAGACACACAUUCCAUGCUAGACCCUCCCAAAACCCGCCCUGAUGCAGGCCAUAGCAGCAAUAAGCCCACUGCAAAAUGGAAUCCAGUGACAGCAAAAGGACUAGAUGAGCGUGGCUAUUUGUGACAGUAUUACCUGGUCUUACUGGAAAAAGCUGUUGAACUGGAUGCCGAAGAGUCUGAAGACUGGAAAGGUUUUGCUCAAGAACUUCAACUGAAAUCAGUGUCAAAUGCCAAAACACUGAUAAACUGGGUUAAAGUCAUAGUUGUAAGUAUUUUGAAGUAAGAUACUGUUGAUUUGAUAGUCCACUUUUACAGAGAUAUCUGUUCCGUUGUGUUGACAGAUGAGUGGAAAGUUGAAAAGACAAGGGUUUACACAACAAAUGCAAUGAUUACCUGUUAAAUCACAACUCACUACAGUAUGACAUAGAACUCUGGGAUCAAGAGGUUCAACAAUUGUUUUAUGUAAUGUGCAUCCCUGAUUGUGUGGCUGACAAAAUGUCAGAAUAUAAGCGCCAAAUUCAGCAAUCUCAAAAUUCAAACACUAUGAUUGUGUUUGUAUACUUGUUAAAUUGCUGAAUGGACAACCGUAUUAAUGUUAGCCAACCUGCAUGAGGAUUUAUAAAGAGGUAUCAAAAGUGCUGUGUGAACAGUACAAGCAUGCGCAUGGCAGAGUUUACAUUUGUAUCAAAACAUCAUCCAAAUUCCAAUUUUACUUAAAGGAUAACUUCCCAUUUUUUAAACUUGAACAUGUAACUAUUCUAUAAAUGCUAGACAGAAAAGUUUACAUAAGUGUUAUUUGGCUGUCCUUUUUGGUGAACUCUUCUAAGAACCCUUUUGUGUUCCAUGUUAAACAAUGUUAGAAGGUUUCUGCAUUUAACCAAAAAAGGUUCUACAUGGUACCCAAAAGGAUUCUUAGAGGAGUUCUCCCAAAAGGCCAGCCAAAUUAUCAAUUUCAAUUUCUUAUAUAUAUAUAUAUAUUAAUUUAUACUGACACUGCAGCAGAUACAUAAAAUUAAUUUAAAAAUGCCACUGUUAACAUAAUCAAUUAUACCCACAACAAAAUAAUGGUAAUUAGAAACCUACCACGUGUGGGCAAAUAACCUCAUUGAUUUGAAGGUGAUUGAUAUGGUUUAGCAGUAUUGAACAUGGUGAGGGUGCCACUAUCAUCCCUAAAGAUACAGUAGUAGUGGCUUUUCAAGCAGAUCCAAAAUGGAUCACAGUUUCUAUGGCCUCAACAUGGCCUGAAGACUUCCUUCAGAGCAGAGGUAAAUUGAGUUUUGUCUGAAAAAGUCUGAAAAGGCUAAGAUAUCCUUUCAGUUGCCAUUGUAAAUGUAUUAUAUUUUUGGAUGAGGCUGAAUGAGGCCAGGAGCCAAAGGCAUUGAUUUGAUCCGAUCGCAAUUUAUAACUAUGCAGCAUUAAAGUCAAGUCCAUUUUCAUUAUAUGCUGUUGGCCUCAUUCAAAAUUGGCUUUUAAAGCUGCAAUGCAUAACCCAUGACCAAUGACAAAUCCAAGCCAAGAUGAGGAACACUAUGCAAGCAUGAUUGUGUUAAUAUGUUUUGGUCAAUGACACCAAUAUUCUCACAAUUUCAGGUGCAAUUGAUGUAAUUUUUUGGUCAUUUUUGUCUUU